CGGUAAGCGCUUGCUUCUCCAAGGACGAAGGAGGAGUUUGGGGAGGAAACAUGUCUUUUUUUUCCCCUCACACCUUCUUUGCAAACCAGAUGACUUUUGUCCAUAUUCCCUGCAGUACUCAUUGAAACAGUGACUAUCGUUACUGAAGACGGCAGCAUGAACUUCCGUGCAAGAAGAGUCACCUUGCCGGCCAUCACACCUCUGUGUCUGCAGAAGCGGGUCAUCAAGAUCUACAAUGAGGACAACAGCAGCAGAGCAGUGGAGGUCCCCAGCGACAUUGUUGCCCGGGACAUAUGUCACAUGUUGGCCUUGAAGGGCCACGCCGUGGACGAACACAGCUUGACUCUGUACGAGCACCUCUCUCACCUGGGAAUAGAGAGGACCAUUGAGGACCAUGAGUCCAUCAUGGAGGUCCUCUCCAGCUGGGGGAUGGACUCCGACAACCGUCUGCAUUUUAGGAAGAACUACGCAAAAUACGAAUUCUUCAGGAAACCUCUGGACUUCUUCCCGGACCACAUGGUGUCCAUACCCAGCGAGAGCAACAGAGUGGUGGAUCACUCCCAACUUGUGCAGAUCUUCCUCAGCUCCAGCACCGGUCCAGAGAUCCAUGGACACCUCCACACCAAAGAACCCAGCCGGAAGUCCUGGAAGAAGUUGUACUUUGUCCUGCGCAGGUCUGGGCUCUAUGUUUCCAACAAAGGGACUUCUAAGGAACCGUGGCAUCUUCAGUUCCUGGCGGACUUUACUGACCGGAGCGUCUUCACACUUUUGUCCGGCAAAAAACUCCACGGGGCCCCGACUGACUUCUGCUUCUGUGUGAAGUCCAUGAAGUGUUCUUCACCCCGGGACAUGAAGCUGCUUUGUGCGGACGAUGAACAGACCAGGACCUGUUGGAUCACAGCCGUGCGCUUGUUUAAGUACGGCAUGCAGCUGUACCACAACUUCAUGCUGCCACACCACAAACAAAAACCUUCUCCAAUGAGGAGCAUCUCUGAGAACUCCCUGGUGGCCAUGGACUUCUCGGGCCAACACAGCCGUGUGAUUGAGAAGCCCUCGGAAGUCCUGUCUGCGGCUGUGGAGGAAGGCCUGGCCUGGCGGAGGAAGGGCUGCCAGCGUCUGAGUGCCCACGGAGGUCCGUCUGCGUCCCAGAGCUCCGUCUGCUCUCUAGCUCUCCAUUUAGCGCAGCCUUGGUUCUACGGCCGAUUGUCCCGGGAUGAAGCUCAGCUCCUCAUCACUCAGCAGGGUCCUGUGGACGGGUUGUUUCUUGUGCGGGAAAGCCAAAGCAAGCCCAAGACCUUCGUGCUGUCGCUGUGCCACAUGCAGAAAGUCAAACACUUCCAAAUAUUACCGGUCCAGGAUGAAGGGGACUCGGUCCACAGUCUGGACGAUGGUCACACCCGCUUCUUGGACUUGAUUCAGCUGGUGGACUUCUACCAGCUCAACCGGGGUGUGCUGCCCUGCAAACUCAAACAACACUGUACCAGGACCACCUUGUGACAACCAGGACCACCUUGUGACAACCAGGACCACCUUGUGACAACCAGGACCACCUUGUGACAACCAGGACCACCUUGUGACAACCAGGACCGUACUUUGACAACCAGGACCACCUUGUGACAACCAGGACCACCUUGUGACAACCAGGACCACCUUGUGACAACCAGCACCGUACUUUGACAACCAGGACCACCUUGUGACAACCAGGACCGUACUUUGACAACCAGGACCACCUUGUGACAACCAGGAACAUACUUUGACAACCAGGACAACCUUGUGACAACCAGGAACAUACUUUGACAACCAGGACCAUACUAUGAAAACCAGGACCAGUGUGUGACAACCAGGAACAUACUUUGACAACCAGGACCAUACUAUGAAAACCAGGACAACCUUGUGACAACCAGGACCAUACUAUGAAAACCAGGACAACCUUGUGACAACCAGGAACAUACUUUGACAUCCAUGACCAUACUUUGACAACCAGGACCAUACUAUGAAAACCAGGACCAGCGUGUGACAACCAGGAACAUACUUUGACAACCAGGACCAUACUAUGAAAACCAGGACCAGCGUGUGACAACCAGGACCGUACUUUGACAUCCAUGACCAUACUUUGACAACCACGACCAGCGUGUGACAACCAGGACCAUACUUUGACAACCAGGACCACCUUGUGACAACCAGGACCAUACUAUGAAAACCAGGAACAGGGUGUGACAACCAGGACCACCUUGUGACAACCAGGAACAUACUUUGACAACCAGGACCAGACUUUGACAACCAGGACCAUACUUUGACAACCAGGACCAUACUUUGACAACCAGGACCAUGCUUUGACAACCAGGAACAUACUUUGACAACCAGGACCACACUUUGACAACCAGGAACAUACUUUGACAACCAGGACCAGCGUGUGACAACCAGGAACAUACUUUGACAACCAGGACCACACUUUGACAACCAGGAACAUACUUUGACAACCAGGACCAGACUUUGACAACCAGGACCAGACUUUGACAACUAGGACCAUACUUUGACAACCAGGACCAUACUUUGACAACCAGGACCAGACUUUGACAACCAGGACCAGACUUUAACAACCAUGACCAGGGUGUAACAACCAGGACCAGGACCAGGACCAGGGUGUGACAACCAGGACCAGCAGAGCCUCACAGGAUCAAGACUACUCUACAAGAGAUCCAGGUGUACAUUACAUGAAUGUAGUUGAUCAGUUUUAGUCCAGGUCAGUAUUUGGGAUUACUUGGAGAGGUUUGGACAUUUUUUAUUUGAACACUUUUAUUUCUUCUAAACUACAAGCAGUAUGAUAUCAUUCAGGGAAUCUCCUUUAAGAUGUUCUGUAUCAUCUGGUCAUCUCCUGCUGACUUCAUAAAGUCUUUUUGUGUGAA